AAACAGAGAAAGAAGCCGGUGGAGUUGCGGGCAGAACCCCUCGGGGCUGACUUCCCCGGUCGCAAGUGGCAGGCUGGCGCUAGGGAUGGCCGAGGUGGAGCUCCAGGGCCGCCUGUGGCUGGAGAGCCCCCCUGGGGGUGCGCCCCCCAUCUUCCUGCCUUCGGACGGGCAAAUCCUUGUCCUCGGCCGGGGACCCUUGACCCAGGUUACCGACCGGAAGUGCUCCAGAAACCAAGUGGAGCUGGUCGCAGACCCUGGGAGGAAGACCGUGGCAGUGAAACAGCUGGGAAUUAAUCCCUCAACUGCUGGCACCCAGGAGCUGAAUCCGGGGUCCGAAGGCUCUCUGAGGGUGGGGGACACACUGUAUUUGGUCAACGGCCUCCACCCGCUAACCCUGCGCUGGGAAGAGGCGCGCACGUCUGAAUCCCAGCCAGACACUCCACCCGGCACCCCUCCGGUGGCCCCAGACGCGGCCGAGGACGUUGAACCACCGAAGAAGCGGAUGCGGAAGUUGCCCUCCGGCUGGGAGAACUUUGAGAAGCUGUUAGUGUUUACGGCGCCUGGGGUGAAGCCCCGCGGCAAGGUGGCCGCCUUUGAUCUGGAUGGGACCCUCAUCACCACACGCUCUGGGAAGGUCUUUCCCACUGGCCCCAGUGACUGGAGGCUCUCGUACCUGGAGAUUCCACGUAAGCUUCGGGAGCUGGAUGCGGAAGGCUACAAGCUGGUGAUCUUCACCAACCAGAUGGGCAUCGGGCGCGGAAAGCUGCCAGCGGAGGAGUUCAAGGCCAAGGUGGAGGCUGUGGUGGAGAAGCUGGGGCUCCCCUUUCAGGUACUGGUGGCCACGCAUGCCGGCUUGUACCGGAAGCCCGUGAGCGGCAUGUGGGACCAUCUGCAGGAGCAGGCCAACGAGGGCGUGCCCAUCUCCAUUGGGGAGAGUGUCUUUGUGGGAGAUGCAGCUGGACGCCCAGCCAACUGGGCCCCAGGGCGGAAGAAGAAAGACUUCUCUUGUGCAGACCGUCUGUUUGCCCUCAACCUUGGCCUGCCCUUCGCCACGCCAGAGGAGUUCUUUCUGAAGUGGCCGGUCGCCAGCUUCGUGCUCCCCACCUUUGACCCGAGAACUGUCUCUCCCGCGGGGCCGCUCUGCCUCCCUGAGUCCAGCUCCCUCCUGAGUCCUGACCCUGAAGUGGUGGUCGCCGUGGGAUUUCCUGGGGCUGGCAAGACCACCUUCCUCCAGAAGCACCUCGUGGCCUCCGGAUACGUCCACGUGAACCGGGACACCCUGGGUUCGUGGCAGCGCUGUGUCACCAUGUGCGAGACCGCUCUCAAGCAGAGGAAACGGGUUGUGAUCGACAACACCAACCCAGACCCUCCCAGCCGGGCCAGGUACAUUAAGUGCGCCCGGGACGCAGGCGUCCCUUGCCGCUGCUUUCUCUUUGGCGCCACGUUGGAGCAGGCACGCCACAACAACCGGUUUCGAGAGAUGACUGGUUCCUCUCACGCCCCCGUGUCCGAGGUCGUCAUGUUUGGUUACAGAAAGCAGUUCGAGGCCCCGAGGCUGGAGGAAGGCUUCUCGGCCAUCCUGGAAAUCCCGUUUCGGCUGAACGUGGAGCCUCACCUCAAGCGGCUGUACUGCCAGUUCUCAGAGGGCUGAGCUGCCCCCGCCUCUCCCUGGCCUCCCCAGCCCCCCAAUAAAUUGUUUUUCUUUAAA